AUGGCCGCCACCCGCCAAAUACAAUACACCAUCCCGCCAAGGGAAGACUAUAACAAGCUUUCCGAUGAGCAGAAGACACGUAUCUCUGAAGCUUUCGAACUCUUCGACUCCAACAAAGACGGCCUCCUCUCUUACGAGGAAUUCCGCUUCGUCCUGCGCGCGCUGGGCUUCGAUCUGCCCAAGCAGCAGACCUACGAUAUGCUGGUGCGCCAUGGUCAGCGCCCAGCCAACUGGCCGCAUGACCAGGAAUGCCCCCCAGUCUACCGGCAGUUCAACCUGGCUACGGCUCAGGCGCUGGCCGGCACACUGAUUCGCCAGCGAGACCCGCGCGACGAGCUGCGCCGCGCGUUUAGGCUAUUCGAUGUCGAUGGUAAGGGUAUGAUCACCGAGGAUGAUCUGAGGAAGGUGUGCCAGCAAGUGGGGAAUAACAUACCGGAUGCGGAUAUCCAAGCCAUGAUUGAGGAGUUUGAUAGCAAUGGGAAGGGGGGAGUCGAUGAGGAUGAGUUUUUGAGGUUGAUGAUGUCUAAGAAAUGA